UGGCAAUCACGCUUUCUUUACAGCGGGAUAAUCUCUGUAUUUCGCACCGCCGUUUGUGCGUGUCAAAGUCGAGCGUUUUUCCUUUUUAGUUGGUUUUCUUCCCUCUCCGGCCGCGGCCAUCGUCCAGUCAAAUUUUCCACAUGCUUGUCUUUGCUUAUUCUUUCUUUCAAUUCAAUCCCUCCGUGACUAUUGCGUUUUGAAACCCUGUCGCUGGAAAUCGGGGAAUUCUCCCACCCGGUAAAAGAUCUAGAUCCCGCGGGAAUUCACGGCGGCAAUGGGCGGAAUUAUCCGUCGUCAGAUCUGAUCUCAGAUUCGAGCUGUAAAGAUUAGAGCAGCAGAGAAGUAGUGUUGUUUGUAAAUGGGGCGGAAACGGGAUGGAUUCAUUUCAAUAAUAUUCCUGGUUUUGAUCGUUGCCGAUGUUUCCAGCGCGGCAAGGCUCUCCGGCCUCCGGAAGAAGUUGGCCGGAUUGGUGACUCCUCAGGAUUCCGGCGGAGCCCAAGUCUCUCCGUCGCCGACUCCAAAUCCUGUGGUGGUUGAUAAAAAGAAGGCAACGAAUGAUAACACGACCGCAGGUAAUUCGAAUGUUGUGGAGAACCCAGCAAAGGAAAACCCGGUAACUCCAACUACAGCGGAUAAUUCAACCACGAAAACACCCGAGAUGCCAAAACCAUCGGCAAAUCCAACCCCCGUCGGCUCCAAUAGCACAGAAACACCUGCUCCUCCUCCAAAGAGUACCCGAGGAGCCGAGGAGGGUGGGAAGAAGGACGAAGAGAAGAAGACAGAUACGAACAAAACAGUGCCCCAGCAGCAGCAGCUGGAGGGUGGAGAAAAUUGUACAGGGUUGCCUACGAGGUGUACUGACCAGAAUUCCUUGGUUGCUUGUUUUCUUCGUUUUAAUGAGGACUUGUCAUUUCAUUGAUUCCUUUUUGACAGAGUCAAGGAGAUUUGUUGUUCUAGUGCAAAAUAUUGGAGAACAAAAUUUGAGUGUGGAUCUCUCUGCUCCAAAUCCAUUGGAUGAUUCAUCAAUUCAAAUCGGCAAACAUCAAAGUACAAAGGUUAAUUUACAAGUUGGCAAAAGUGACCAAGUAAUUUUAAAAGCAGGGAAUGCAGAAUGCGUUCUCCACAUGGACCCCGGAUUGAUUCAGACUAGUCAGGCAGGGAACUUUGUCUUCCGUCUCCCUUCUUACGACAAGCUAUUGACCCCUGUCAACGGUGCAUACCUACUGAUUCUCACGGUGGUUCUAUUCGGUGUAAUAUGGGGUUGUUGCUGCUUGUUUAGGAAGGGCAGAGUAGCACAGGGCGAAUUGCCUUAUCAAGAACUCGAGAUGGCUGCCCCAGAUAACGAGUUACCUAACGAUCUGGAAACGGCAGAAGGUUGGGAUGAUGGUUGGGAUGACGACUGGAACGAUGAUAACUCAGUCAAGUCGCCAGCUGUACGAGGGAGCAUCUCCGGCACUGGCCUCACUGCUAGAUCUUCAAACAGAGACUCAUGGGAUAACAACUGGGACGACUAGGAUUUUUGCAUGUGAAGACACAGAAUCUCACCGAGGUAAAAAAAAAAAUGAAUACCAGAUACACACAAAACAAGAAGUAGAUGAUUUUAUUGGUCCGAGUUUCAAAUGUAAAUCGUUCUCAAAAGGUUUGCUGUUGUUUUCGACGGUUUUUGUAGUUGUGUAAUCAUAUGAGCGCCUAGAGAUGUGCUUCAGAUACUUGUCAUCUCAUAACUGAGGUGGCCGGUGGGAGAUGUUUCAUGGCCUUCUGUAAAAUUUUACGUUGUUUUUUCUUUUUAUAUUACUGAAAGCCGUUUAUAUUGCAAUCCAAAAGAAAGAGGGAAGUGAAGCUGUAAACAAUUCCGAUAGUUAGUCUAGAAAAAUGAUAUUGGAAG